GGGAGGGCAAUCUGCUGCCGCCGACUCUAAUAAGACCCAAAUGGCUGCUGCAAGGUGGCCAGCAGCGCGGCAAGUCAACAAGAGCGCAGAAGGACGCGCAUGACCGAGUGAGACUCGCUCCGACUUGAAAAAGCGCGCACAAGAGGAUGACGGCGUGACACUCGCUCCGAUUUCAAGGCGCGCCCCACUACGCGCGACGCACCGGGCGGGACUUGAGCGACGUGACAGGUAGACAAGAUGAAGAUGACUUUCGGUGCUCAGGUGGCUUCCAACCAGCUCAUACGCACGUGGUCAAACUUCAAGACCUCAUACGGAAAUGUGUUGUAGGUGCUGAUGAACUAGUACUCUCCGCUUCCAUUUCAAACCAAAGGGAUGUCCGAACCCUGAUGCUCAAGCUAGCAGCGUUUUGGAAUGGAGCAAGAUUUGAGCAUCCCCCCCACCUGAAGCAUCAAGACUCCCAAAUGAAGCAGCCCCGCUGGGCCAGGAGCUCCCGGCUGGGUCUGCUCGCCCUGUGGACCUGCCUGUGCCUGGCCGAGGGAUGCGGCCCGGGCACGGGCUACGGCGUCCGCUCCAGGCCGAGGAAACUCACGGCCAUGCGCUACAAGCAGUUCUUCCCCAACUUCUCCGAGAACAACCUGGGAGCCAGCGGGAGAGCGGAGGGCAAGAUCACCAGGAACUCUGAGCGUUUCAACGAGCUGGUGUGCAACUACAACCCGGAUGUUGUCUUCAAAGAUGAGGAGAACACCAACGCGGAUCGCUUCAUGACUAAGCGCUGUAAGGAAUGUUUGAACAGGCUGGCGAUCGCCGUGAUGAACCAGUGGCCAGGGGUGCACCUGCGAGUGACGGAGGCCUGGGACGAGGACGGCCACCACCCUGCCGGAUCCCUGCACUACGAAGGUCGGGCCGUGGACAUCACGACCGACGACAGAGACACGGACAAAUACGGGCUGCUGGCCCAGCUGGCUGUGGAGGCGGGCUUCGACUGGGUCCACUACGAAUCCAAAUAUCACAUCCAUUGCUCUGUCAAAGCCGAUCACUCGGUGGCUGUGGAAAAAGGAGGCUGUUUCCCAGGCUGGGCCCGGGUGACUGUUGCUGGAGGAAAGCAGAAAAGCAUGUCCUCACUCACCCCCGGGGACAAAGUGAUGGCCGCGUCGACCUCGGGUCAACUCGUAUUCAGCUCGGUUCUGCUCUUUCUACACUGGGACCGGGCGGCCCGGGUGACCUUUCUGUCUCUGGAGACGGAAGACGGACAUCGAUUGGCCAUCACGCCGCACCACCUGCUCUUCUUGGACCCCGGCUGCGCGCUUGACGAUAGCAAGUACCAAGCGCGAUUCGCUAGCAGAGCCAGAGCCGAGCACUGCGUUCUGAUCCGGCGGGCAGACGGGCAGAUAGGGCCGUCUCGAAUCCGUUCGCUUUCCGUGGAAGAGAGCACGGGGGCUUACGCGCCUUUGACAGAAGACGGAACUUUGUUUGUGGACGGCGUGUUGGUGUCCAGCUACGCGCUAGUGGAAGGGCAGCUGCUGGCGCACUGGGCCUUUGGACCUCUGCGAUUUAUCUCCUCAGUCCAGCGCCUAUUUUGGGGAGAAGAGACGACUGGCACCAACACAACCUGGCUCCGUCGUAAUGGAGCUUUUGACGUGAACACUUCUCUUCCCAGAUGUCAGGAGGGAGCUCGGAGAAUGCCAAUCCCGCGUCAGGCAUCAAACGUGCACUGGUAUGCUCGACUUUUGUACAGUGUGGGAUGUAUGGUUUUAGACUCCAACUCUUUUCAUCCUUAAAGGUAUAGCGUUCUUCUCUUUUGUUCACUUCCACCGUAUGAUAACUCAACCUCACUCUGUCUGUGCACUGGGUCGUUUGUAAUUAUUCUUUGGAAUAUUUUUCACAUGCAUUAUUAGAAUUUUGCCAAAUCAAUAGAUUCUAUAUUUUUCUACCAUCUGAAACGUAAUAUAUAUUUCAUAUUUUAAUAAAUGCACCAUAUGUAUUGUAUGUUUUCACCUUUUGUCAUCAAACAAUUAAAAUGUGAUUUAACGAGAGAAUAA